ACUGACAGCAAAGAUGGCGCCCCCCGUAAUGACAACAUGCCAUGUAGCGUGUUGUGCAAACCGGACCCCACACGUUCUCUCCUGGAGCCGCAGGGAUUUAAUCGCCUUUGGAUCGUGUAAUUCAGUCGCUCUCUAUGAUCCACAGGAGGUGAGAGUGGUGGAGCUGCUGAAUAAGCACAGUGGCAGGGUGAACACAGUGCGCUGGAUUUACAGGGAGGAUUGCGGUGUGGAGACACAGCUGGUUUCAGGAGGCUCUGACAGUAAUGUUAUCUUGUGGGAGGAGCAGCAUGGUCAGUUUGCUGCGUCCGCAGUGUGUUCAGGACACUCGGGUCCUGUGUGUGCUGUGGACGCCGUACAGCUGUCUUCCUCUGACUCGCUGCUCGUCUCUACAGCAUCAGACUCCACCGUUAAACUCUGGAUGUACAGCAGCGGGAAAGCUGAAUGCCUCCAGACGUUAUCUUUUGGGAGCGGCUUCAUGAUGGAUGUCUCCAUAGCGCUGUUGCCAGGCAGCAGAGUGCCCAUCCUAGCGUGUGGAGGGGACGACAGCAAAAUCCAUCUGUUUGUACAGAUCAGUGGGCAGUUUCAGAAAGUGCUCACGCUUCAAGGCCAUGAGGACUGGGUCCGUGGUGUGGAAUGGGCAGCAAAGGAUGGGGAGUUACUUUUGGCCAGUUGCUCUCAGGACUGUCUGAUCCGGGUGUGGAGGCUGGUGGUUAAAUGCGACACACCCUCAGACGAGCCUGCUGAAGGAAUCAUCAGGAUGAAGGAGGAUGUGUUUGAGGUGAAGGGGAAAAUGUAUGCAGUGAGUCUUGAGACCGUUUUAGCCGGCCAUGAGAACUGGGUGUAUGGGAUCCACUGGCAGCCGUCAUUCAGGAAAGGCGGCACAGUGGAACAGCCUCUGAGUCUGCUUUCUGCCUCUAUGGACAAGACCAUGAUCCUCUGGGGGCCAGAGGAGGCGUCAGGUGUGUGGGUGGAGCAGGUGCGUGUCGGAGAAGUGGGAGGAAACACGCUAGGCUUCUUGGGCUGUCAGAUGGGGCCCGAUGGCUCCAAGAUUCUGGCUCACGCCUUCCACGGAGCACUGCACCUCUGGCAGAGAGACCCAGACCAGCAGAGUGAAUGGAGUCCCGCAGUGGUGGUGUCCGGCCACUUUAAUGCAGUGCAGGACUUAAGCUGGGAUCCAGAGGGAGAAUUUCUCCUCAGCGUAGGCUCAGACCAGACUACCAGAGUCUUCGCUCCAUGGAGAAGGAAAGACCGCUCACAGGUCACCUGGCAUGAGAUCUCCAGGCCUCAGAUCCACGGCUAUGACAUGCAGUGCCUGGCCAUGAUCGGCCGAUUCCAGUUCGUCUCUGGAGCGGAUGAAAAAGUGCUGCGUGUGUUUAAGGCUCCACGUAACUUCGUAGAGAACUUUGCCAACAUAGUGGGCACGUCUCUGGAGAAACUCUUGGCUUCACACGAUGCUGAAGAUCUAGCAGAAGGAGCCAGCACACCAGCACUUGGUCUCUCUAAUAAGGCCGUGUAUCAAGGUGAUCUUACGAUUCGGAGCACUCCGGAGGAAAGGGAAGAUUUCAACAACGUCUCUGACCAGUACAAGGAGUUUUACUUCCAGCCUCUCUGUCUAACAGAACCCCCUCCUGAGGAUCACCUUCUCCAGAACACGUUGUGGCCUGAGGUCCAGAAGCUGUAUGGUCAUGGUUUUGAGAUGUUCUGUCUGGCUUCAGACGCUGCACGAACAGUGGUCGCCUCAGCGUGUAAGGCAUCUAAAGCAGAGCAUGCUGCUAUCCUGUUGUGGAGCGUCUCCACCUGGAAACAGCUACAAGCUCUCCCCUGCCACAGUCUGACUGUCACUCAGAUGGCCUUCUCCCCAGACUCACGCCUGCUCCUCGCUGUGUCCCGAGAUCGAACGUGGUCAUUGUGGAGACGGGACGACUGCGGACCCGAUGCGUCAGAACCCAGAUUCUCGCUCUACACACACACCAGUAAGGACUCAGCAGUGCACACACGCAUCAUCUGGUCAUGUGACUGGAGCCUGGACAAUAAAUACUUCGUGACAGCGAGUCGGGAUAAGAAGGUGAUCAUGUGGGGUCACCGUGGCUCUGGAGAUCCAGUUGGCAUGAAUGACAGUGCAGUUGUUCCCUGUUCAUCUGUUCUGGAUGUCGGAGAUUCAGCCACUGCUGUGGCUAUCUGCCCUUUCCUUCUCUCUGACCAAAGCUACCUCAUAGCGGUGGGUCUGGAGAGCGGACAGAUUGUUCUGUAUAAAUGGAGGCCAGUGGACGAUCUGUCUUCAGGAUCAGACUGGAGCAGGUGUGAUGAAAGCGAUGUCUCUCAAAGUCACACACUGGUGGUGAAGAGACUGCGCUGGAGGCCCCGAGUCUGUCAACAGGAUCAGAGUGAUGGCUUGGACAAAAACCAGCAACACACCUCAGUCCAGUUAGCCAGCGCUGGAGCGGACCACAUCAUCAAAAUCUUCAACAUCAACACACUGACUCUGUAGAAGUGUCUUACCUAAUGCUCCAUCCAGACCCUGCACCAUCUAGGGGUGCAUCAGAUCCAUGCUGGACCGUGUGAAGGGCUUGCUCAGAAGAUUUGGAUAUUUGUACUUAUUACACUAUAAAACCAAAAUGUUGUGCUAUUUAUCUGGAAACUUCUCUGAAUAAAUGAUUCAUUUUCUAACGAAA